AUGAGCGGUUCUGCACCACCUGACCCUAAAAGCCAACACCAUCCCACCACCCCAGACGACCAGAACGCCACCGCCGCCGCCGGUGCUUCCUCCAGCCCCGUCGCCGACGGAAAGAGGCCCAGGUCCCGCGGCGGCCCGGACAACUCCAAGUUCCGGUACCGCGGCGUCCGUCAGCGGAGCUGGGGCAAGUGGGUCGCCGAGAUCCGUGAACCCCGCCGCCGCACGCGCCGCUGGCUCGGCACCUUCGCCACCGCGGAGGAAGCCGCCAGGGCCUACGACCGCGCCGCCAUCGUCCUCUACGGCCCCAGGGCCCAGCUCAACCUCACCACGCCCGAAGAGGCCGCCGCCACCGCCUUGCCCCCAGUCUCCGGAUCCGGCGCCUCCUCCUCCUCCUCCUCCGGCUGCCCGCAGUAUGGGUUGUACCCCGCCGUACAACACCCCAACGCCGGCCUCGAGCCGAACGUGAGCGCCUUCGCACAGCAGCUGUACGGAGCUAGUGAUGUGUGCAUCGGGAGUGAAAAUACACUGGAUGACGUCAGCGCUAGGGCACAAUUUGACACCACCUCGUAUUAUCCAAACCCUAAUGUUGACGACGGCGAGACCGAUAGAAUCGCGGCCAAUUUUCUCAACCUCCAAGACAGUAAUAAUAACUUUGGAUCGGUCGGGUUUGACGAGAAUAUAGGCUCCUUCGGGUCGUGCGCCUCCGCUGAGAUGGCGCCGCCACCUCCGCUGCCGCCGGUGACCGAUCCGGCGGCCUCGUUGUUCAGCGGUUAUGUGUCCUCCCCGACAUGGCCCCUGGCUGGAGAAGAUGAUUACACGACUCCAGGCCUCUGGGACUAUGGAGAUCCGUUUUUGUUCGAUAGCGAUAUUUGA